AUGAUAAGACCACUUCCUGUAGUAUUCAAACCACAUCUGUUUACAGGACUACAAACAGUGAAAUACGGGCGAUCUUUAUUCCUGCGCCGAAUCUCCACCGAACCUCAAUCACCAAAAAAAACCCCUACGAUUCUCAGUUCAAUUUAUACCAUUCCAAAUGUGCUCACACUGAGCAGAAUUGCAGCGGCCCCAUUGAUAGGCCACUGUAUAAUUUCGAACAAUGUUAUACCAGCCUUGGGGCUCUUCACAUAUUCGUGCCUGACAGAUUUCCUGGAUGGAUAUAUGGCAAGAAAAUACAACAUGAAAUCCGUUGCCGGCACAGUUCUGGAUCCCAUGGCGGACAAGAUUUUGAUGUUGGUGACUACGGCAUCAUUAGCAUUUCCUGGCGGUCCGCAGAUAAUUCCACUGCCAUUGGCUAGUCUAAUAAUCGGCCGCGAUGCCAUAUUGGGGUUUAGCGCUAUAUAUUUCCGAAUUGCAUCCCUCAAAUACACAUAUGGGAAAGUAUCAUGGAAUUCAUUUUGGGAUGUGUUCCGAUUCCCCAGCGCAGAAGUUAGGCCCACCCAAAUUUCCAAAUGGAAUACUUUUCUACAAAUGAUAUAUCUGGGAUGGGCAGUGACUUUGAUGGUUGUCGAGUCCAAUCCUGAGGAAGAAGAGAGCUCUCAUAGUAAUAUGGACCUAUACAGGAAAGCAUUUGAAUAUUUCGGGUACCUUGUAGCGACGACAACGGUCCUGAGCGGAACUUCGUACAUCUUUAGCAAGAACGCUGUGAAAUAUCUCAACAAAAUCAAAUGA